UCCACAGGCAAGCUGUUACGGCCUAUGGCAACUCAUUUGUCAGAAAAGAACUACAAGUGUUCAUACUGUGAGAAAAGGUUUCACCAUAGGGAUCACUUAAAGAGACACCUGGAGACUCAUGAUCCACACAAGGGGGUAUUCACUUGUCAGGAGUGUGGCAGGAGCUGCAGCACGACGCUGGGCUUCAAAUGCCACCUUGCCCUACAUGCUGCCAACAGUGGAGACUUCACCUGCCAAGUGUGCCUGAAGCCAUUCCCCAGCACUGAGGCUCUUCUGGAACAUCUCAGAAUACAUGCUGGCAAUUCCAAUGUUGGGACCAAGGACAAAAAAUAUCAUUGCGAGCAUUGCGAGUGGCAGUUUUACGCCCGGAAAGACGUACGACGGCACAUGAUAGUGCACACUGGACAUAAAGACUUCCGCUGUCAGUACUGUGUCCGGCGUUAUGGAAGAAAGGACCAUCUGAGGCGUCACAUGAGAACGAGUCACCCCUGGGAACUGCUGAGGGUUAAAACUGGGUCAGGCGACUCGCUGGAGCCCGUCAUCCAGGACUUGGCGUUUGGGAGCGUAAAGGGGGACAGUGGGAGAGAGGGUGUGACUUUUCUACCCAAGGAAGACCCGGAAUCUCUAGUUCAGCUGCCCUGUCAGGUUGCCACAGGCUCAGAGGCUGCUGAGAGUUCGCUUCAGGGGCUCUCCUCAUGCUCGACACCCAACCUGAGCACUCUAACCACACUGCCCCGUUUCCACGAAGCUUUUCAGAGACCCAGGGGCAUUCGGCUCAUGCCACUUUUAGACACAGACACAUAUGAAGAGCUGCAGGGGUGA